CCAUAAAGCGGCCAGUGACCAGAAACGUGCACUGUCGAUUCUGCACGUAGGCGCUGGAGCUUUCGAGGCCAACGUUCGUUUUACGCGUUUCCGAUUGUCCGUGCGCUACAGGUUAGAUUUGAUUUGGGACUCGACGAGGAAGCUUGGGGUCUGUCAUUGCUCCUGAAGUUCUGCUGUUUUUUGUGAGAUUUAUCUUACGAAAUGUGCAGACCCAAGUUUCUUCAGCCCAGCGGGGUGGUCGUUGGGCAGGGAGCGAACGGCAGCGGGCAGCCGCUGCAGAAUCUACAGCAAAUCGGCCAGUUUCCCGGGGGCCCGAGUUUCCCUUGCUCGCUUCCACCUCCACCAUCCCCGGAGUUUGAUCGGAAGUCGUCCAACAGUGGGGGAUUUUCUCCAAAGCCGCUCACGGUUGCUGAAAGCAGAGUCGGGGAGAGACCGUUGGGGAAACCCGUCCGUGCGGGGAGCCUUUCCCCGUCUUCCCGAGGUGAUGCCUUGCCGAGGAAAGCGUCGCAGAGCCCCACCAGAAGCAUCGCUCCCCAGGCAGCUGGUCAGUCGCAAUUGGAAGUUGAUGUGACCUCUCUACAGAGAGGGAUUGCCUCAUGUGCUGGAACCGUAUUCAUGUCUGUUUUCAUGACUCCACUAGAUGUGGUUAAAGUGAGGCUCCAGGCACAGCAGCAACCCAUCGAAACCAUACGGUCUUUUCGUCCAGUUUUUGACAGUCACCCCCACUCCACCCUCAACCUCGUCCCGUAUAGAAGAUACACCUGUCUUCCUGCAACUCGCUCACAUUCCCACGUCAUCUGCCCGAGUGCCACAUCAGCCUACAGAUUCAGUGGCACCUUGGAUGCCUUUGCAAAGAUUGUCCGAAGUGAGGGCUUGAACAGACUGUGGAGUGGCCUUACUCCUGCCCUACUGAUGCGUAUCCCAUCCAAUGUGAUCUAUUUCUCCGUCUACGAGAAACUGAAGUCGGCGAUGGGUUUCCAAAAGGGCCGCACAGACAAGAACAGCUUUCUCAUCACUCUGUCUGCAAGUGGUACUGCAAGAGCUGUCUCCGUGACGACCAUCAGCCCGAUUGAGAUGAUCCGCACCAAGAUGCAGGCAGAGCCCACCUCGUACGCCCAACUGAUGCGCUGCCUUCGCCAGGCCAUCAAGACUGAAGGUCUGUCGUCCCUGUGGAGGGGUCUUGGCCCUAUGCUCAGUCGGGACGUCAUGUAUGCAGUGCUGUACUGGACCAACUACGAACUCUUGAAGGCUGAAUUGUGCAAGGUUUGCAACACCACUGACCCAACGGUUGCCAUGACAUUCUGGGCUGGCGCUGCAUCUGGAGUUCUGGCUGCAAUUGUGUCCACACCAUUUGAUGUCGUCAAAACCCAGAAACAAAUCACCAUUGGAAAAGCAUCUGCACCCACCGUCAUUCCAAAAUGCAAGACCAAUAGCUGGGCUAUCAUGCGGACAAUCUUUGCCGAAGCUGGAAUGAAGGGGCUCUUUGCCGGCACCGUGCCGCGCAUCUGCAAAGGGGCGCCCUCCAGUGCCAUUCUCAUUACAACCUACGAGUGCUUCAUCUCGUACUUCCGGAAGCACAACUUGGAAAGGGGUUACUGACCUUUGAACCCUGUUGGUGAAAAAGGUCAUCGACCUAUGAACCUUGACAACGAGCUACCCGAAAAUCACCGAGGAAAAGUUGACACUUCCCACGAAGAGAAGUACGAAAAGAAAUUGGCACUUCAAAAAGUCAGAAUUAACCAGUGAAUAUGAAUAGAAAGUCCUCCACUAGGUAUGCGACAUUUACUUCAUUUGUGAUGAGUCUAAAUGUUAAA